UUGUUAUUUCUCUCCAUAUAUGGAAGAAAAUAAAAACCAAAAUCUCCUUCAACCUCUCAUACAAACAACCAACACAAACUCUUAUGAAAAUGACCACAAAAUCAUCUCUUAUUCAUUAAAUACAAGUAUAAUUCUUAGACUUGUUAUGGUCAUUUUUGUAGGAAUAGUCUCCUUAUGGGCAAAUUAUGAAGUUUCCAAAGGUUUUUCCAUAACUAUUGUCAAUGAAGCCAUUGAGGGUACAUUUGCAAAUAAGCGUUUCGAUCUCUUUUACGUGUCAAACGAUGAAGCCACACGUUUAGUCCUGAGGACUAGUAAAUUCGUUGAAAAUAUUCUUUACCCUAUCAGUGAUCGUCAAGAUUCUGGUCAACCAGGAAUCAAGAAGCAAGUCAAACACGUCAUCCUUCAACUAUCUAGUCGGAAUUUGACUAGUCCAGUCAUUGUUAAGUCGUCUCGAGAUGACAAGGAUGUGUUUGUUGUAUAUAUAAGUCCUUCAAUUUUGGAAGGUCUUAAUUAUAAGCGUGACAUGUUUUUGGCGUUGCAAAAAGGUAUGGCGCGUAUAUGGCUAUGGGAUGGUCAAGGUAAUGCCCCGUCUAGUCUUGUAAAUGGCAUGACUGAGUAUAUUACCAGUUUGGCUAGUUUAUCUAGACGUGUUACGUAUGAAUUUGAAUCAGUCAAGUCAGUGAAAUUAAACAGGAGUUGUUGGAAGAGCAAGGAUAAAAGGACUAUAGUAAAGUUAUUGAGUUAUUGUGAGGGGAAAAAAGAAGGAUUUGUUAGAAGAUUGAACAAAGAAAUGAAAAAUGGUUGGCAUGAGAAAAUAAUUGAUGAUGUAUUAGGAAUGCCAACUUGGCAUUUAUGUGAAACUUAUAAUAAAGAGAUACUCUGAAUAAAUUUGUGAUUGAGUAAAUAACUCUAUGAACGAAUGAAUCAAAUUGAUUGACAAAAUGAAUAGAUUUGUAUAAAUUAUAUAUUUUGUUGUCAUUUUA